AGGUGGUGGUGCCGAUGCGGGUGGGCCAGGUGUAUGUGUAUGACACAGGGAAGUCGGAGCAGGAUGAGUAUGACGUCCCUCCCAGACACAUGCCUCCCUCCCAGCAGUCACAGGAUAUAUAUGACGUUCCCCCAACCCGCGCCCAGUACAACCAGCAGGUGAGGAGUCAGCUAGACUCUCUCUCGCUCUCUCUCGCUCUAUCUCUCUCACCUGUAUUUAUGUUCAAAUGCUGCACUCUCCCGCUUCUCUAGGAUACAGUAACAUACCCACAUCCGGACACACAUCACUGAAGAUAAAAUGUCUCAUCUUCCAUAUCAUCGGCAAUUGAGCCACACUAGUUUUGACCUCUUAUCCUUGACCACCCCAGUGAUGGUGGUGUCCUGUGUAUGAGAUGGGCUGUGGUAUUCAUGUCCUCACUGUCCUGCCUCGCCACUUAUUGUCUCCUAUGUCACUGAAGUGAUUUCAUCCUCUUCACAAGAUUGAUGGCUAUUUUCCCUCUCUGCUGCCUUAGACACACUUCCCAACUCAACUGGUCGUCUGUCUGCGAAGUAUCUCACUUCUCAUUAAUAUUUGAUAUAUUGGGAAUAUUAAACCCCUCUCCUCCCUCUCUCUGUCUCUCUCUCUCACUCUCUGUGUGUGUUUAAACCCAUGGCGGCUCUGUGAUUCCACAUCUAUUUUUAGAGGAGGUCAUACAUUACUAGCAGGGGAAGUAGAUAUUUCAUUGUCUGGAGGCGUUAGAAAAAGGUUGUAUUUUUCCACAAAGCACAGUGAGCAGCAUGUCCUGAGCUGCAUGCACUCUGGAUCUGAAGGUGAACCCACUUUCUGUGUCGUUCGUCCUCUCUCUCUCACACACACACACACACACACACACACACACACACACACACACACACACACACACACACACACACACACACACACACACACACACACAGGCUCCUGGAGCAGAUAGAGAAACACACAGCCAUUCUCUCUACUGACAGCAUCUAUUCCCAAAACAAGUCACAUGCAUUCAGGCACAACAUAACAGGACAAACGGCUGCAAGACAUGGUAAAAGAGAGGGAAAGAGAGCCAGCUGUAGGGAGGAGAGAAUGAGGGAAAGAGAAGAAAAGCUGUUUGACGGCGUCAGAAAGAGUAUAGUGCUGGGCCUGGAGGGAUAUCAUUGCAUUCAAGCACAGAUAGCAGGCCUAAGAUCAAUCAGCGGGUUCAGUGGACAAUCCAAUGGGCCCUGUCUUUGUUUUUCUGCUGAGAGGAGUAACACAACCAUCUCAUUUUCACUCCAACCUGUCUGCGAUCAGAUCAGUGUACCCGCUGAAUACCAACUCCAAACAAAUUGCAUCGCCUGAAUUCAAGAUUCUGACAAAGUGUUUUGGCAAGGUGCCCAAUGGUUUGUGGAGGUGGAUUUGGUAUUCAUACUGUAGUCCCUCUUGCCUCCACUCUCUGUCACUCUAAUUCCCCAAAGGCCUGGAGAACAGAUUGUAUCACAUUGUUUGUGCAGAAUUAUAAUUGCUAAUCUGUUUGUUUGGGGACAGUCACAUGGCGAGAGAUGGGAGUGCAAUUUGCUGUAUGUUAUUAGGGGUACAGGAGUGGAUGGAGGAGUUGGCUUGUCAGUCUGCUGCUGUUUGCAGUCAGGUCGUAGAGAAACGGGGAUGAAGUUGAGUCUUCGAUUCCACAUACUGUGUUCCUCCUCAGGUGCAACGCUCAUUGACAAGCAGCUAGCAGAUAAUCCUGCCUCAGCAUCAUAAACUUUAGAGAGGGUCCCUUGUCAGACCCUGGAAGUAGAUUGGGUUGUGUGUUUGCGAAUGUGCAUGUGUCGCACAUGGUGCAUCAAUCUGAUGUUUAGGAUCAACAAAGAUCUGUUUAAUACAGCCAAUAACCUAAAAGCUGUAGCUUUAAACUGCCCUCUAAAACUCAUUACCAAGCUCUUUGACUUGGUGACUUCCAUCAUCACCUAUAUAUACUGAAUACAAAUAUAAGCGCAAUGUGUAAAGUGUUGGUCCCAUGUUUCAUGAGCUGAAAUAAAAUAUCCCCGAAAUGUUCCAUACACACAAAAAGUUUAUUUCUCAAAAAUGUUGUACAGAAAUGUGUUUACAUCCCUGUUAGUGAGCAUUUCUCCUUUGCCAAGAUAAUCUAUCCACCUGACAGGUGUGGCAUAUCAAGAAGCUGAUUAAACUGCAUGUUCAUUACAAAGGUUCACCUUGUGCUGGGGACAAUAAAAGGCCACUUUAAAAUGUGCAGUUUUACAAAAUGCCACAGAUCUCUCAAGUUUUGAGAGAGCGUGCAAUUGGCAUGCUGACUGAAGGAAUGUCUACCAGAGCUGUUGCCAGAGAAUUGAAUGUUCAUUUCUCUACCAUAAGCUGCCUCCAAUGUCGUUUGAGAGAAUUUGACAGUACAUCCAACAGGCCUCACAACCACAGACCAUGAAUAACCACGCCAGCCCAGGACCUCCACAUCACUUCUUCACCUGCGGGAUGGUCUGAGACCAGCCACCUGGACAGCUGAUGAAACUAUGGGUUUGCACAACCAAAGAAUGUAUGCACAAACUGUCAGAAACCGUCUCAGGGAAGCUCAUCUGUGUGCUCGUUGUCCUCACCAGGGUCUUGACCUGACUGCAGUUCGGCGUCGUAACCGACUUCAGUGGGCUAGUGCUCACCUUCUAUGGCCACUAGCACGCUGACGAAAUGUGCUCUUCACAGAUUAAUCCUGGUUUCAACUGUACUGUGCAGAUGGCAGACAGUGUGUAUGGCGUUGUGUGGGCAAGCAGUUUGCUGAUGUCAAUGUUGUGAACAGAGUGCCCCAUGGUGGCGUUGGGGUUAUGGUAUGGGCAGGCAUAAGCUACGGACAACGAACAGAAUAGCAUUUUAUCGAUGACAAUUUGAAUGCACAGAUAUACUGUGAUGAGAUCCUGAGGCCCAUUGUCGUGCCAUUCAUCCGCUGCCAUCACCUCCUGUUUCAGCCUGAUAAUGCACGGCCCCAUGUCGCAAGGAUCUGUACACAAUUCCUAGAAGCUGAAAAUGUCCCAGUUCUUCCAUGGCCUGCAUACUCACCAGACAUGUCACCCAUUGAGCAUGUUUGGGAUGCUCUGGAUCGACGUGUACGACAGCGUGUUACAGUUCCUGCCAGAGAAUGUGAGCGGAGUUGAGCACCGCUCCGGCGCGCCACGUCCUUUCCAACCGCUCCGCUAAAAACUGCUCCGCGCUCACAGGGAAAAAAACUGCUGCUCCAAUAUUGCUCCAUUCAUUAAAAUCACAAUUGAACCAACACCCAUCUAUUUGUGUGACUACCUGGACCUACCAUUUGGUUUUGAAGUAUUCAAACCAAACCAUAUGAUUUGAAUUAAAAGUAUUUGAAUAAACAUUAAAAGGUGAAUGUAAGAAGCGCACAUCAUUUCAAAUAGGCUACAUGUCAUAUUAAACAGCAUGUAAACACUCUAAAUAGGUCAGGAGCCAGACAGGGAGCCUAAGAAGGAACAAAAAUGAAUUAUUUAGGCUAUAUUAUUUCAAGGCUAUAGCCUACAAAGAAAUACAUUGUGAAACAUUUGCGAGCGUGACAUAGGUUGGUAGGGACAUGAAGCACUCAGCAUUUAAACAACAUUUUGUUGUAUUAAAUCAUUAUAGUCUUUAAAUUGCACAUAUAGGCUGUGACUUAAUUAGAAUUAAAUACAAAUUAAAUGAAAAAUGACUUAGUGCCUUUGCAUUCAUUUUUAGAAACACGAGUUUGGCCAGUCUGUGGCGUCAGGCUCAUGCGAAGGUGCCUGGAGAGCCGGCCAGCAGGGGAGAAUAACCCUUCCACACUUGCAGAGCCACUGGGGAUGCUAAACACCCUUUUGGCCACUCUUGCCUGGCUGGGCAGAAAUAGUUGUUUUUACAUUUUUCUAUAGGUAGGCCUAAAGGUUUUUAGGCAAAAUAACCCAAUCAAAACAGAAAGCUUCUUGAACGUGGGAAUAUGCCAGGCCUAUUGGGUCAAAAUCAAUUAUGGCCUAUUGUAUAGAUAAUAGAACAAAAAUGAACGAAACGUUUAAUUGAUCUGAUUUUUUUAUUUAUAAAUACUUUGCUACAAUGACACACUUAGUUAUCUACCCUGCUCCUUCCUUUCUUUUAGCAUGUGCAUGUAGUAAGUACACCAUCAUGCUUUCAGGAUAUGUGUCUUUUCAGAUUCCACAAUGAUUCUUUAGUUGUGGACACAACACCACCACACUCCCUCUCUUGCUCUUGGUCCUCAUCUUUGUAAGUCACCUUGAUUUUGCACUUGUGUGUUUUAUCAGUUUUUUAUGAAAAUAUUUAGGUAACUCCAUGACAGUAGCUAAAGCAAGGGGCUAUAGCAGCGCACAAGUAGACUACAAAUGCAUGCUGGGCCGGGCAGGCCCUGAGCUCGUGAAGUGAACGCUACAGGAGCGCUACUGGAGCGACAUUAGAGCGGGUGAGAAGGCCGACGCUCCAGUCUUUGGGAAUCUCGCUCCGCGUUCCAGUCAAAUUGGGCAUGCUCCGCUCCUCACUCCGCUCCAGCUCCAUUCCGCUCACAUACUCUGGUUCCCGACAAUAUCCAUCAACUUCGCACAGCCAUUGAAGAGGAGUGGGAAACAUUCCACAGUCCACCAGAUACUGACUGGUUUUCUGAUCCAUGCCUUUUUUUUAAAGGUAUCUGUGACCAACAGAUGCAUAUCUGUAUUCCCAGUCAUGUGAAAUCCAUAGAUUAGGGCCUAAUGAAUUUAUUUAAUUCACUGAUUUCCUUAUAUGAACUGUAACUCAGUAAAAUUUUAGAAAUUGUUGCAUUUUUUUGUUCAGCGUAGUUGUGAAAUACUCUAUUAAUCAAAGCUGUAAAAGUAGUGUGCACAAUAACAGACCUUUCAUGGGCUGGAGAGAGAGAGAGACAGGACUGUGGCUGCUGCAGGGCGGUGUGUUCCAGAAGUUUACUCACACAAGACUGACAGCAAAGUUAAUUCCCUUGCUGCCGCUCCAGGAUGAAGUGCAUUGUGGGAUUGUAUUGAAUUUAACAGUGCCUUAGAAAAGUGGUUAGGCAAUAGGCAUCCUCUCAACACAAAUUCUGCAGCAUUGUUGCAGUAAUAUCUCGACAUUGUUUUUAAUGUUGAAUUUUGUGGGCAUCACACACAUAUCCUUAUAGUUUUCAUACUUUGCCUGGUUACCCAUCCACAUUGCUCCGGCCAAUUGACGUUUUUUCUCCAUGAUGAGUCUGGAUUUGCCUCCCUCCCCGAUGAUUUCUAGAAUGAGAACACAUUUUGACUGUUCUGAUUGGUCCCAGAAACUGAUGGAUUGGGCCAGAGCCGGCUUACAUGAUGACAUAAUCAACUUUGAAACUCUGAUUGGUUAGAUUUGUUAGAGACCAUCCAAUCGCUGAUGAAUUUGUUUUGUAUAGUGCCCCUCAUUUUGAAGUCACACAACGACUUUAGGAUGGCAGUUUCAGACUGAAUGUAUGUAGCGAUCGAUAGAGCAGCGGAAAUAAAUUCAGGGUGAGUCGUCAGGCAAGGCACAACUGUCAGAACAGAGUUAGCACUGAGGUUAAGGUCUCAGCUGCAUAAGAGAUUUUCUUCAGUUGUUUCCAACUUUGGUCAUGCUCCAGUCAGUCCAGCUCCCUGUGUGCGUGUCAGGGCCAGUCCCAGACAGGAUGUGUGUCCUCUGUGUAGGAGUGGGAGAGAUGGUCCACAUAUUGCGUGUAUCAGCACCCUCACUGACCCACUCUCAGCCUGCAGCCUCAAUAAUGCCCCCCUCCCCCUUGUACAACAUUAUUUAGGAAAGGUAGCAGAGAGAAGAGGGCCCCAGGGAGAGACGGGAUUAGAGGACACAGUGGGCAGAGUGUCUGGGUCCCUCCCACCCUUCCCACCUCCUACACAGUAAACUGGAUUCAUCCAAAAUGCCCUCAGAAGCUUGAUUUAAUUUGUUCCUCCCUUAUUUAAUAUGCUCAUCAAUUGAGUCUGGUGCAGCUGUAACUGAGCUCUUAUUGCUGAUUGUAUAUUUAUGUGUAUGUCUAUAUGUGUGCACGUCUGAAAAUGUGUGUGUAUAUCUCUGAUAAUGUGUAUGUAAAUCGAUCUUUAUUGCUUGGGGUGUGUGUUUUAUCUCACUGUGCAAUGUAUUCCCCCCCCCAGGUGUAUGACACGCCCCCCAUGGUGGUGAAAGGCCCCCCCAGUGGUCAAGACAUCUAUGACACGCCCCCCAGUGUGGACAAGAGCCAACUGCACGCCCAGCAAAUGGUGAGGCUGCAGCUGCUGCACCAAUAAGACGUCCUCUCUGUCUGUUAUUGUAGUAGAGGAGGGACACAGUGGGAGACUCAUCAAUCCCAGUGUGCUUUACCAUCUGUACUUGAUAGGUGGUGUCUUAAAGUAACCACCCCUCCUUAUCAUGAGUCAGAAUGUGUGUUUGACAUCAUUAUGAUGUCCUAUGGCAGUGAGGGUAAGUAAAGUGUGUGUGUUUGACGUUGCCUCUCCCUCCCUCCCUCCCAGGUGUACGACUUCCCACCCUCCGUCAGUAAGGAUGUUCCAGACGCUCCUAUCAGGGACAGGGAGGAGACCUAUGACGUGCCCCCCCACUUUGCCAAGCUGAAGAGUAUGGAGAGCCAGAACCAGGGCUAUCUGAUCCCCGGGGGGCCUGAGCCCCCCAUCCCUGAAGACGUGUACGAUGUCCCUCCCCCUCCCCUCACCGGAAAGCGCCACCCAGAUGCCCAACAUGCCCCCCUGGGUCAGGAGAUCUACGACAUCCCCGCCAGUCUGAGGAAGGGUGGACCCCACGACCCCCAGGAUGUGUACGAUUUCCCCCGCGAGCGGCCUGCAGGCGAGGACUCCAUCUAUGACAUCCCCCCUCAGGUGGUGCGAGACGCGGGCGCCACAGAGGAGCUGACGGUCAGCUUCAAACGCCUGUCUGCCUCCAGCACGGGCAGCACCCGCAGCAACCUGUCCACCUCCUCUCUGGACAUGGUGCCAGUCAGGGAGUCGGUGGUGCCCAGCCAGGCUGGCCCGGGGAAGCUGUUGAUCCUGGACCUAGAUCAGGCCAUGGAGCGCCUGUCCCGCCUGCAGCAGGGGGUGGAGGGCUCUGUCUCCCUCAUCAUGUCCUUCAUCAGUGGGAACUGGCGCAGCCCAACCCAGAUGGAGGCCAACCUUCCAUCCAUCAGGCAGGCGGUGGACAGGAUGAGGGUGGCCGUCAGGGACCUGCUGGAGUUUGCCAGGGGGGCCGUGGCCAACUCUGCCCAGGCCACUGACCGCACGUUACAGGCCAAGCUGGGCAAGCAGGUGCAGAAGAUGGAGGAGGCCUUCCAGGGCCUGGUCAAGUACAGCCAGGCUCUGGAUGCUGUGGCCUGGGCCCCCUCUGCCCUGAUGGCGCCCUCGGCAGGCAGCAGUGGGGAUGACCUGGACCGGCUGGUCAUGUGUGCCCGGGGCGUGCCUGACGACACCAAACAGCUAGCCUCCUUUCUCCAUGGCAACGCCUCGCUGCUCUUCAAAAGGACAAACAAGCAGCAGCAGCUCCCUCUUCCCCCCGUCCCCCACGCCGCUGAUCUCAUGGGUCAGAUAACCAACAACAACAUCUCAGCCUAUCAGAUGGGAGACGGUAGAGCCAACAUCCAAUCCCGCCCCCUACCGUCCCCGCCCAAGCUCACGGCCGAGGAGGAGACCCCUGACCGGCCGUACGAGACCACAGAGGAGGGCUGGAUGGAGGACUAUGACUAUGUGCAUUUACAGGUAAAACCUCCUCAUAUGAAACCACAGCACAGAUCAUCACACAUGCGUUUAUGUCCUCAAUUAUCAGUAGAGAAUUAGUUUGGUGUAUGUUAGUAUUCUGAAUCAACAGCACCGGUACUUUCUCAUAACGAUAUUGUGGUUUGGAACAAUCAGCAGCACUCUACAUUAGCCCAUGGAUUAUGUUAAGCAUGUCGAGCCAUGGUGUCGGUCUGUGUUCAAUGAUACUCUGGUGUGUGAGAUGAGAGAGAAGAUAGACUCCAGGUGUAUCUCCAUUUCCACACCACAGCCAGCAGACUAAUCAAUGGCCCAUACAAGGCUUCCCCAUGUGGGCUACACAUACUCCCCUAGCGCACUGCUUCAGGUGUCAUUAUCAAUCACCAUUACUGCAUGUGCAAGCGUGUUUCUCUACAUACCCAUCAUACAUCAUCACUUUCUCUGUUCAUUGCUGCUGUUGUUGCCCUCAUGUGCAGCAGUAUUCUUGUGAAAAUGCAAGAGGAACAGAUGAUGUUAAGACAAUAUUAUAUUAUUGUGGGCGGCAGGUAGCCUUGCGGUAAGAGUUUUGGGCCAGUAACCGAAAGGUUGCAAGUUUGAACCCCGACGCCGACAAGGUGAAACAUCUGUCGAUGUGCCCUUGAGCAAGGUACUUAAUUGCUCCAGGGAUAACAAUUCACUCAUACAUAUUAAUACACACUUGUUCAUGUGUGAAAUAGGACAAAUAUAAGCACUCACCAAAUUAUUAUUAUCUAAAAAACAUUUAUAUAUUAAAUGUUUCAGUGCUUUAUGUGUGUGUAGCACACUAACAUACAAACCCUGAAUUCAUGUCACCUACCCUCAGAGUAGUGGCAGAGCUGCAGUGAGUGGUCUGGUUUGAAUUGAGCUCAUACUGCCACCUGCUGAUUAGGAGAAUUAUCACACAUUGUGUCAGACGGAUCAUUUUAUAUGGGUAAUCCUCCCUUAAACCAGUAGAAUUAAAAUUCCAUCCCAGCAUUGUCUGAGCGUGUUUGUGUCUAUGUGCUUGGAGCAGUAAGUACGAUUACUUUUCUUUCUGUCCUUUGAUUUCCAGGGUAAGGAGGAGUUUGAGAAGAAUCAGAGGCAAUUAUUAGAGAAAGGGACCAGACACAACAAAACCACACUGGAACAGCAGCAGGUGAGGAUCUGUGGGUCUGUCAGUGAGCGAGUGGAUGUGUAAAUGGCUGCGUUUAGACAGGCAGCCCAAUUCUGAUAUUUGUUCUACUAAUUGGUAUUUUGACCAAUCAUAUAAGGGCCGGUUUCCCAAAAGCAUCUUAAGGCUAAGUUCAUCUUAGAACAAUAGGAUCCAAUGGUUCUAACGAUGAACUUAGCCUUAAGAUGCUUUUGGGAAACCGGGCCCAGAUCUUUUCACAUCAGAUCUUUUUCAGAUCUGAUCUGAUUGGUCAAAAGACCAAUUGGUGAAAAAAAGAUCAGAAUUGGUCUGCCUCUCUAAAUGCAGCCUUUGUGAGUAAUAAGGGAGUGUUUGGAAGGACAUUAUAUGUGACUGUAGUGUUACAUUGGUGUUUUAGAGGCUGAGGGUUCAGUCAGUUCAUAUGGGAUGUUUACAGAUCAGGCAGAUAUUUAUUUACUCUCUCUGUGUUCCCAUCUACUGCAGCUGAAACAGUUUGAGCGACUGGAGCAAGAAGUCAGCCGGCCAAUCAACAACGAUAUCUCAGGCUGGACUCCGCCUCCCCACUACCCAACGGCCCAGCGGAGCAAGCUGAGCAUGGGCGACCGGCAGCUGCUGCUCUUCUACUCGGAGCAGUGUGAGGCCAACGUCACCACCCUCACCAACGCCAUCGACGCCUUCUACUCCUCCAUCAACAACAACCAGCCGCCCAAGAUCUUUGUGGCCCACAGCAAGUUUGUCAUCCUCAGUGCACACAAGCUGGUGUUCAUCGGGGACACACUCUCGCGGCAGGCCAAGUCCCCAGAGGUGCGGGCACAUGUGGCCCAGCAUAGUAACAUGCUGUGUGACAAACUCAAGGACAUCGUGGUGAGCACCAAGACUGCAGCGCUGCAGUACCCGUCCCCCGGUGCGGCGCGCGACAUGACCGAGAGGGUGCGGGAGCUGGCCGGCUGCACACAGCAGUUCCGCAUGGCUCUGGGCAAGCUGGUGGCCAUGUGAGCCUCCUGUCCUGAGACACUGAUAUGGGGAGUCCACACUGGGACACACGGCACCCACCCAGUGGGCCACUGUCACAGACACAUGGACCCUUCUUCCUCCUCUUGUGCUUUUCAUUUUAAAAUAGGACAACUAUCUGACUGGGCUGGGCCAUUGGUUGUAAAUUAAUCAUUGUAAAUAUUUAAGUUACUAUUAGCCAGAAAAAAAGUGAAAGAAAAUGAACUUCCACUAUAUAUAUAUAUAUAUGUUUUUGAGACCUUAUGGAAAACAUUAUGUAGUUUUUAGACAAUGGCCAUUAUGAUUAUUGCUAUACUGUAAUUAUUGCUUUGCUUAUUAUAAUUCUUAUCAUUAUUGUUAUAAUGCGUUGAUUAAGGAUGUUUAAAUUUCAAACACAAUGUAUGUAGUACUUAAUGCUGUUUUUCAUCCCAGAUUAUCAAAUAUGGUGGAUUUUGUAAAAGUAAUGUACUUGUCAGGUGAGCUGGAGGAUAUGUUGACAGAAAAUGAAUAGCUUUCCUUGGAGCUGUCAAAGGAGGCUGGGGAUAGUGUUGUGAGUGCAAGGCAUUCUGGGUAGGG